AUGUAAGAGAGAAGAGAAUAUCUUUAUGCAAUUUCUGAAGGGAAUGCAAAUGAAACUUCAAUAUACAGACAUCCAUUAGCUAAAGUAAAUAAAAAAGUUUUAAAGUUAGGAUGGAUUCUUACCACCAUUGGAUAAUAGAAAAGUGAAUAUGUAGAAGUAAUUGCUGAUAUAAUUUGAAAAGUUUAAUGAGAAGAAGACUUUGGGAAUUUACAAUGAAGAAACGCAACGAUACGAUCAUAUAUCAUAUAAGGUAAGAAAUGGAUAUAUGAAUUAGGAAAUAAUAGAGAUAGCUACAGCUCUUGGUUCUUCUCUUUGUGAAUAAGAUUCGAUAAAAGAAAUCUAAGAUUAAUAAAAGAAUGUUAUUCGUCCAGUUGGAAUAUAUUUAUCAAAUAGAAGAGAAUGGACACUAAUAGAUAUAGCAUGUAUUUUAUAUGGUUUUACAUCUUGUCCAUUUUAUGAUACACUUGGAGUUGAGAGUAUAACUUAUUCAAUGAAUGUAACUUAAGUGAGGUAUAUAUAUAUAAUUAAUUAAUUUAAGUGUGUGUUUUGUAUAAGCUAGCACAAUAGGUUUUUUGGCUAAAUCUAAUUUGCCUUAUUUAAAAACAAUAGUAACAAUAGGACCAUAAGAUCCAAAUAUUUUAAAUACUUUGUAAGAGUAAAAGAAAGAAGUUAUAAGUUGGGAUGAUUUUAUAAAAAGAUCAAAUGGAAAUUCAAAACCUUAUCCAGAAUUAGAAGCAUAACAUCCAUUAACUUUAGUUUUUACUAGUGGAACAACUGGAGAACCUAAGGCAGCUAUUUAAAGUCAUUUAAAUUUCACUUCAAUGAUUGCCCUCUUUGAACAUUAAGAUAAAUUUGCCUUUACUUAGGAUGAUGUUUAUUUAUCAUAUCUACCAUUACCACAUACAUUUGAGAGAGUUGUUCAUUUAGCUGCUUUAUCUGGUGGAGCAGAAUUAAAUUAUUUUAGUGGAAAUAUAUAAAAUAUAGCUAGAGAUAUUCAAAGAUGUAAACCUACAUAUUUUUGUGGAGUACCUAGAAUCUUUAAUAGAUUUUAUGAAGGUAUUUAAGCUUAAUUAAAUACUUUACCACCUGAAAUAUAAUAAAAGUUUGAACUUGCUCUUGCUGCUAAAAUUAAAUAUUAUAGAACUACUGGAAAAACAACACAUGAUCAAUUAGAUGAAGCCUUUAUUAAAACAAAAGCUAUUCUAGGAGGUAGAUAAAGAAUUAUAAUUACUGGAGCUGCACCAAUCUCUCCUAAAAUUUUAGAAUAUUUAAAAGCUACAUUUUGUUGUUAAAUUAUUGAAGGUUAUGGUUAAACAGAAACUACUGCUGCUUCAUUCUUAACAGAUUAUAAUGAUUCACUUUGUGGUCAUGUAGGUGGACCAACUAUUUCAUAAGAAUUUAAAUUAGUUAGUGUUCCAGAAAUGGAUUAUUUAGUUAAUUAAAUUGUUGACGGUUAAAAAAAAAUUAGAGGAGAAGUUUGUUUAAGAGGACCAAGUGUUAUUAAAAGUUAUUUCAAUAAUAUUUAAGCUACUAAAGAAACAAUUAAUGAAGAAGGAUGGGUAUAAACUGGAGAUAUUGGAGAAAUUAUUGAUGGUACACUUAAACUCAUUGAUAGAAAAAAAAAUCUAUUCAAAUUGUCAUAAGGAGAAUAUGUCUCUCCAGAAAAAAUUGAAAAUUGUUAUUUAAGAGUUAAAGGUAUUUCUGAAGUUGUUGUCUUUGGUGAUUCUUUAUCCAAUCAUUGUGUUUCUGUCAUUGUUCCAGAAUCAACAUUUCUUAAAUAAUGGGCAACCGAAUACAAUAUACAAGGUGAUCAUUAAUAAUUAUGUUAAAAUAAAACUCUUAGAGAUCAUGUAUUAAAAUUAGUCAACGAAUAAGUAUUUAUUAAAUUUAUUCAAGGGAAAAUAAGACAACUUGAAUGGAUUUGAACAAAUCAAAAAUGUUUACUUAGAACCAAGACCAUUUAUGUAAGUUGGAAUCUUAACAGAAACCAUGAAAAUGCAAAGACAUAAAGCCAGAUCACAUUAUUAAGAUAUUAUUAAAUUUCUUUAUUCAGAAAUUUGA